AAAAACACUAAAAUUAAAGCCUUCAACUUUUUGUUGCCCCCGUUCUUAGCUUCCAAAUUGGCCGAGCGCCAGGCCGCUGAGCUAUCUCUUUGUGCGUCUGCCUUAGAUAAAGAGAAAACAAACGAACGAACCAGAAAAUUAAAUUAAAUAAUCCCAAAAAAGCUUUUCGAAAAAAGAAAAUAAAAAAGGGAAAGUAGCAGAGCAGCAGAGAGAGAGAGAGAUCACUGCUAAUGGUGCUACUACUGCCCAGAAAAGAAAUCUAAAAAAAAGGAAAAUAAAUAAAAAAUGGAUGGAAAGGAAGGGAGGGCCAAUUAGGGCUCCGUCGGAAAGUUGAACCCCAAAAAGGUAACGCCCCUGUCAAGCUUUUCUCUCUCUAAGCACCACACGUACCCACUUGGUGCUCUCUCUCUCACUGCUUUCCAUUAUCUGCCAUUUGUGAGCUACACGACGGAUGCAAGUGCUUUCAACAAAUUUUUCUGGGUUUCUGUUACGCUUGACUGCUCAGCUUCUUCUUCUUCUUUUAUGGCGGCUUGUUGCUGCUUGAUUGGGCUUGCUGCAAUCGUCGUUGAGCCGUGGAAUCUAGGGUUUUGAUAAUUGAGCAGCCCCAAAUCAGUGUUUGUGGUAACAAGAAGGAAAGCGUUGGCUUUACGCGAUAUGGAAUUUCAAUUCCUUCAGAAAUAUAGUGCGUUGAUUUGGAUUGCGUAGCUGAUUUGUGUGCUCCCCGACUAGGACUGAAGUUGUGAGGAAAUGGCGAUGGAGUCGAACACAGGAUAUCUCCGCGACGAAGCUUUUGGCUACGGUUUGAACCGACACGCUAUAUCGUUUCAGUCCGGGGCCAUACACAGCAGCUCGGAGAUGAUUCCGAUGGGGAAUUAUUUUGCUACGGACGGGGGCAUGAUGUUUUCGUCGAAUUCGGGCAUAGUUAACAACAAUCCUGUAAUUAGUCAGGCUGGGAAUUCAUCAGGUUCUCUGCUUCUCGAUUCGGUCCCCGGGCUCAAGCAUGACACAGGCUUGGCUGUUGAGUGGUCUGUGGAGGAACAGUACAAAUUGACGGAGGGCCUUGUCAAAUAUGCUGAUGAACCAAGUAUUAUGAAAUACAUAAAGAUCGCGGCAAUGUUACAUGAUAAAACUGUGCGUGAUGUUGCUUUGAGGUGUAGGUGGAUGACUAGAAAGCGUAGGAAACCUGAAGAACAUAGUAUGGGAAAGAAGGGGAACAUUAGGAAGGAUAAACUGGUGGAGUCGUCUACAACGACAAACAUACAUACAGCUGCACCACUGGACAUGGCUGCAUGUUCUCAUUCGGUGUACCAUAUGGACCAGAGUGAGCGUUUGCAGUAUGAAGGAUUAAGUGGCACAUUCAAGCAUCUAUUGGAGCAAAAUGCUCAAGCUUUCAGUCAAAUUACAUCUAAUCUUUCAUCAUACAAGUUGCAGGAAAACAUUGACCUCUUCUACCGCACGAGGAACAAUUUAACUGCCAUCCUUAACGACAUGAGAGGUAUGCCUGGCAUAAUGAGCCGAAUGCCUCCCCUGCCACCCAUUGACGAGGAUCUUGCUAAUAGUCUCUUGCGUAACGCAACUUAGACAAAUCAAGGUCCUGAAUCAUGAUGGACUGCCUCAUUGUUCGAGCGCAAAGCGUACAAGUUGGGAAGCAGAGUAGCACAUAUCCGACGAGGCCUACUCAGAGCCGCCCCAAUUUGGCAUUUGAUCUUAGUGCUCCAUCCAUGGCUAGCUUCAUUUGUUGUGUCUAAAAUUAUGUACCCUUACUUCCAUUUGUGCAGGAAAUAAGCGAGGUAGAUACAGUUCGAGCUUCCAACACUUAUUUUUCACUCUUGUAAAUUUCGAUUUAUAAUUGCUAAUUGUACCACAUUACUUUUGUUUGGU